UCCCCACUGUUCAAAAUGCAGUCUGUUAAAAUGACAUACAAAAAAUGGUUGGUUGGAUGCAUUUAAGAAAGAUCUAUACCAAAGCAAUAAUACUUGGUAAAAACUUGUACUGCUUUGAUUUUUUCCUUUAGAACUUCUUUGGGAUGCUACUUUUAGAUUGGAGAGGAGUUAUUAGUGCUUUAAUGAUCUAGUUAAAUUUGAAAAACUUAUGUGAUCUUUGUCAUGAAAUUAUGAUGCUAAGUGCAAGUAUUUUGUUGAGUUCGCUUGUUUAAGUAUAAAGUUUUUUUGUCAUGAUCUUCUGGAUGUGGAGAGAAAUCAGGCUUCUGGCUGCCUCAAAACCAGUCAUUGCUUCAAUGUCUGAUGUGGCAGCAAGUGGAGGGUACUACAUGGCAAUGGGAGCAGGAGUUAUUGUUGCAGAAAGUCUUACCUCAACUGGUUCAAUUGGAGUGGUCACAGGAAAAUUUAACCUUGGGAAACUUUCUGAGAAGAUUGGCUUCAACAAAGAAAUCAUAUCAAAGGGUAGAUAUGCUGAGCUCCAUGCAGCUGAACAGCGUUCUUUAAGACUAGAUGAAGCAGAGCUAUUUUCCAAGUCUGCGCAGCAUGCUUAUAAACAAUUUCAAGAUAAGGCAGCUUUGUCCAAAUCUAUGACUGUAGACAAGAUGGAAGAGGUUGCACAAGGAAGGGUUAGGACUCGUAAGGACACAGCUUCUCACGGUUUGGUUGAUGCUAUUGGUGGCCUUUCUCGAGCUGUUGCCAUAGCAAAAUUGAAGGCCAAUAUACCGCAGACAGGUUAAUGUUGUGGAGCUCUCGAGACCAAGCCCUUCUCUGCCCGAGAUUUUAAGUGGUCUUGGUAAUUCUCUCACUGGAGUAGACAGAACUUUAAAUGAAUUACUACAGGACUUGACGUUUUCCCAUGGAGUCCAAGCACGAAUGGAAUCAUGUUUGAGAAAUUGGAAGGAUAUCCAUAUGCCAACCCCAUUUUGGCAUUGGUAAAAGAUUAUCUUAGUUUCCUGUAGUUAUUUAUAAACUUUUCCUUCUAUUUGUGUUUUUCAUUGUAUAAUGAUGCAUGCAAUCCGCUGAAAACACAUACCCAUGUGUGAAUAUCUCAUUCCACUUCCUCCCGCACAAUGGGAACUAUGUUGUGUGUAUAAUUUUGGAGAAAAUUUAAUUCCAAAAAACAAAUAAAGAUAUGUUGAUUUACUCGAAU